AUGUACCACGCGGAAUCAUUAUUCAUAAAAGUUGAGACGCCAGAUGACCUGAAUAGUAUCCACGAUUUCCUCAACGUGUCGGCCAGUAAAGAUGAUGGGCAGUUUACGUUAGCAGCAGAUGUUUUCAAAAAACACAUAAACGGCUCAGCGUCUGAAUACUCCUGCGACAACAACAACAACAGCUUGUACGAGGGAUGCAACGAACAUGAAUUUGCAUUGAACGGGCUGAAAAAUCACGACGAUCAAACUAAUGGUCACACAAACGACAACGACGAGAAUGUCAGUGACAACACAGGUAAUGACGUUAGCAACAUCAACAGUACAGACAGCAUUAUCAUCAACGAUGGUGAUGACAACAAUGAGGAUGAUGAUGAAGACGAAAGCCUCGAUCAAUAUUUUGAGCCCAUUAAUUUAAGAAUUCAGCAGCUGGAUCUAUCGCAGCCUCUCUGGUAUAUCCGGGAUCUUCUGGUUAGCGAUGGUAUAAUCGACGGAAAUGUCAAAAAAGUUGAAUACUGGCUUCAAAACAAUGAUAAGUUGGAUGAAUCGAAGAGUUUGAAAUGGUGCUGCGUUGAGAUGGAGGGGGAGAACAUACAGGUGAACAUUGAUGUGCGAGCCAGACUAGAUAAUAAGAAAAUAAGAAUAAACAUAUCAGACAUACUGGUGCCUUGUGAUGAAACAUCUACAGAUCAGGUGACAACAACAAUAAAACCUAAACGACAACGAACUGUGAAGACAAAACCUCCACCAUCUGUCAGCAAUCAAGCCUUACAGUCUAGACAAUUUCCUAACUGGUCAGCCGAUCCAGUGUUCAAGACCAUCCAAGUGGCCAAUAACAUUCCGACACGCCUGGAGGAUUGGACGUGCGACCACGUGAGGUUGUGGUUACGGUGGGCCUCAUCUCACUUUCCCUUUGACUUCGACCCCCACUCAGAUGAUAUCAAUGUGACAGGCGUCGAGGUUUGUCAGUGGCAGCUGAAGGACGCCCAAGUUCUAGCACCAAGAGAUGUCAAUAAUUUGUUCUGGACGCAUAUUCAGCUGCUUAAGAAGUUGCACAUUGCUACUCUCAAUGAUGUCCAGGUCAACCCAGCAAUGAACAACCCUAGUAAAGGCAGAGGGUUGAAUGGCCAGGUGCAACUCUGGCAGUUUCUACUUGAAAUCCUCAUCGACCAAUCACACCGCCACAUGGUUGAAUGGGUCGGUCGAGAUGGAGAGUUCCAUCUGAUUAACCCGGAGGGCGUGGCUCAGUUGUGGGGCUGCAAGAAGAACAGAACGGGCAUGACGUACGAGAAGAUGUCCCGAGCUAUGCGGUACUACUACGACGGAGACAUCAUCCACAAAGUUCCCAGCAAGCGAUUCCAUUACAAAUUUGUCUGUGAUUUGCGAUCAAAAGUCGGUUUCUCAGUUUCAGAGAUCCAGGACUUGGUGAACAGUCCUACUGCAGCCAUAGAAAGUCCAGAUUGCGUCAACUCUGACCGCAUGAAACUUCAAAGUCUUCUUGAGACGUUGAGGUCCCCUGCAUGCCUACGUCGGGCCGUCCCCAUAAACACUCCCAUGAUCAACAACGGCAACUACACAAAUGGCACGACAGCAGCCUCAACUACCUUGUCUAAUGACAUCAGUAACAGUUCAACUUUUAACAACAAAAAUUUUAGGAUCGUGGUAGCCACAACUGAACAACUGCAGACAAUCAGCCCAGACUUGUGGCUCAACUUAACAACGCAACAACAACAACAGAUCGUCGAGUGUGUGUCGCACGAGCAAGAUGUAGUCUCUAAUUAA